AUGGACACCGGCGUACUGGUCGCCAUGGUACAAGAGCCCUACGUGGGAAGUACUGGCGUCAUGAAGCAGUAUCCAGGACCAAGAGAUCACAUGCUGAACGCCUUCCUAGAGUACAUAGCCCUAAUAAAAGCAACAACACAAGCGAACCUCGCAAAGUGCAAGGAUAUUUUGCACACAUUCCAUCUAGGAGUCGAGGAAUCGCUAAGGGUUAAACUUGCGGAGGCUGAAGCUGCCAUAUACGACAACAAAACAUCCAAUGUCGUAUGUGGUAAAAUGGCUGAUAACUACAUGGUGGCAUACUGCGAGUCUGCUGGUUUUGUGCCUAUCAUGGAGAAAGAAACGGAGAUAAGACACAAACCGGUAUUUGCGACUCCGCCAGGUGACCAUAUAGUUGUGACAGCCCGGUGCACCAAGGUUAUGUUAGACGAUAGGAUCCUGGCAACAGCCGAAUCAAUAAUGGAAACUGUCUUCCCCAAC